UUCCCCCCUUUCCGCUUCGUUUGGGAGCCGGAAGUGGCGCUCUGCUUGCAUUGAACCCGCGCUCCUUUCCUUCCGCCUGUUCGGUCUUGCGCCUCGCCGGGGUGGUCGCGCCUGGCUGGGAAGCAGUUGCCAUGGAGACGGGGAGGAUGGUUUGGGCCCUCUGCGGCCUACUCUGGGCUCCGAACCUGGCGGGGGCCGCCAGCAACGCCACCCUGCCCAAGCCCCCCAACCUGGUCCUGCUGCUGAUGGACGAUAUGGGCUGGGGUGACUUAGGUGUGUUUGGGCACCCUUCCAAAGAAACCCCAAAUUUAGACCAAAUGGCUUCAGAAGGGAUGCUGUUCCCAAGCUUCUACACCGCCAACCCUCUCUGUUCUCCAUCAAGGGCAGCACUCUUGACCGGUCGCCUCCCAAUCAGGAAUGGCUUCUAUACCACAAACGCCCAUGCCAGAAACGCGUAUACCCCUCAGGAAAUAGUAGGAGGCAUCCCAGAUUCAGAACUCCUCCUACCAGAAUUGCUGAAGAAAGCAGGAUAUGUCAAUAAGAUCGUUGGCAAAUGGCACCUUGGCCACAGGCCUCGGUUCCAUCCCUUGAGGCAUGGAUUUGACACAUGGUUUGGAUCCCCGAACUGCCAUUUUGGGCCGUAUGACAACAGAUCUGCUCCAAACAUCCCUGUUUAUCGGGACUGGGACAUGAUUGGCAGGUAUUAUGAAGAUAUAAAGAUAGAUCAUAAGACGGGGGAAGGAAACCUAACGCAAACCUACUUACAGGAAGCCCUCGACUUCAUUAGCACCCAGCAUGCCAGCCAGCAGCCGUUCUUCCUCUAUUGGGCAAUCGAUGCCACUCACGCGCCUGUGUAUGCCUCCAGGAAGUUCUUGGGCACCAGCCAACGAGGGCUGUAUGGAGAUGCAGUUCGAGAAAUUGACUUUAGUGUGGGGAAAAUUCUGUGUCACCUCGCCAAGCUGGGCAUCAGUGGGGACACUUUUGUGUUCUUCACCUCUGACAAUGGAGCUGCGUUAAUCUCGGCUCCUGACCAAGGAGGUAGCAAUGGCCCCUUCCUGUGUGGCAAGGAAACGACCUUUGAAGGAGGCAUGAGGAUGCCCGCCAUUGCCUGGUGGCCAGGACACAUCCCUGCUGGCACGGUGAGUCAUCAGCUGGCGAGCGUGAUGGAUCUCUUCACCACCAGCCUCAUGCUGGCAGGGCUGCAGCCUCCCCGUGACAGACAGAUCGACGGCAUCGACCUUUUACCUGUCCUCCUGCAAGGCAAGCUAAUUGACAGGCCCAUAUUUUAUUACCGUGGCAACGAGAUGAUGGCAGUGCGGGUGGGGCUGUACAAGGCCCAUUACUGGACCUGGAGCAAUUCCUGGGAGGAGUUCAGCCAGGGCGUUGACUUCUGCCCCGGACAGAACAUUUCUGGAGUCACGACCCACGAUCAAGAGGAACACACCAAGCUUCCGCUACUGUUCCACUUGGGGAGGGACCCCGGGGAGAAGUAUCCGAUCAAGUUCACCAGCACCGAAUACGAAGCCGCCAUGGAGAGGAUCUCGCCUGCCGUGCAGCAGCACAAGGAGGCGCUGCUCCCUGGGCAGCCCCAGCUCAACGUGUGUGACCGGGCAGCCAUGAAUUGGGCUCCUCCAGGCUGUGAGAAGCUGGGGAAGUGCUUGCAGCCACCCAGUUCCGACCCGAAAAAGUGCAUCUGGCCUCACUGAAUCGGUCUCCUGCUUCGCACGCCUGACCUGCUGUGAAGCUGCCGCCACCCACCGGCUGGAGACGGGGCCGGCGCUGCUGAUCUUGCGUCCCGGAAACGGGCAUGGCGCUGCGAGGCUCAGAAGGCUGCCUUUUGUCCGUGGGAUUUUCCUCUCUCAGGGUUUUCACCGCAAUAUUUUGGGGUUGUGAAUUCAGCCUCUUGGUUAAGGGAAGAGACGCCCCCACCACGAGAGGCCGAGUGUCAGUGAUUGAAGAUGGUCGCAAAUGUUGGAACUUGUCCUGGCCUUUUGCCGCUUGCGCAUUCCUUCAGAGAUGAGCAUCCAGGGUGGAUGCCUUCGCCCAGAGUGCUUUGCUCCCUGUCCUCCGAGGCUGCCCAGAGAAGCGCCCUCCCAGUGGCUCGUGUGCUGCUGUGAAUUGAAAGAAAGGUUUGUGCUGGAGGAGCUCAGGGUCCUUCUCACGCCAGUGAGGCAGAGAGAACGCCUUUGGGCCGGCUGCGAGUGAGCUGUGUUGAGAUCCUCAGCUGGAAGCAAUGCCCACAGAUGUACAGUGCUGCUUAGGCCAAGUGUUGUAAGCUGCUGGGGGCAGAGACUUCUCUAACUGCUUGCAGUGCCAAAAAUACAGGGACCAAACUAAACAGCACAUGUCUUUUUCCUACCAGCUUCAGGGAAGCAGUUUUCAUUAGGAAAGUGACUGUGUGUGUGUGUGUGUGUGUGUACGCGUGUGUGUGUGCUGGGGGUUAUGCUUCUCCCCAUUUUGUGAUCGCAGUUUCCAUUGGGGGGAUUUGCAAAAGGUUCAGAAGGUGGAGGUGCUUGUGUUCACCUCCAUCGUUGUGUCAAGUUUGGCCCAUGGAGUCCAUUGGGAGGGAAAAGUCAUUCAGUGGUUCUUAGCCACGACAGCCAAAUGGAGCCUCCAGGCUCAGAAGCAAUCUACCUCUGAAGAUGAGUUGUGAGGGGAGGGGCCACUGGGAGAUAGCUGUUGUCUUUGUGAGCUUCCCGGAAGCAUCUGGCCAGCCAUCGCUGGAAACAAGAAGCUAGGUUGAGCAGACUUUUCUGAUAUGCAAAUGACAGCUUUUGCUGGAAAUGUUUAUUUCCAGGCUCAGGUUCCAAUUGCUACCAGUUAUAUAUGUCUGUGAAGUGCCAACGGUGGUUAUGAAGGAGUGUCUGCUUUUAUUUUUAAUUUUAGUAAGAUGAUGGUAUUUGGUACCUGGCUUUACUUUUAAGAUGUCAACUCUUUCCAAUUAUUUCUUCUGCCGGUUCUGUAACUUUUAACUGCAUUGUGUGAUUGUAAGGAAUGAAGGCCAAUCUAGCAUUUGA